AGAAAUAAGCACAAGCUACGAACCCGCAAGAUGAGGAUCCGCAGUUUGGUGCUUGCACCGGUCACCACCCUCGGGGUGUUUAUCAUAGUGAUGAUCCUUCAGUGUUCGGUACCGACCGUGACGGCAAUACAGACGGAAAAGGAAGCCUACUUCAAUGGAUCGGCCUACCUGAGGUUAAAAACGCCAAUGACCCUAUGGAGCUAUUCGGCGAUUAGUUUCAAAUCGUGCCGAGGUGGAGAAAUUCUCUCCCAACGCUAUUCAGGUCAUGCCCUACUGGUGUCCGUCCUGCCGGACUGGGUGUCCAUCGUGCUGUCAACACCGGCCCAGCAACCGAUCGAGGCGCGCGUGACCGGCCGUCUGCUGGACAACAAAUGGCACACGCUCGAGUUCAUCUACCAGGCCGGUACGCUGUACUGCGUGAUCGAUAAGCAGUCGACCCCGAUCGCGAAUCAAAGCUACAACGCGCCACUGAUUCUCGAUCAGGAGAUCAAAAACGAAGCAGCCGUACUGAUCCUCGGCAAGCAGUACUCGGGCUGUUUGCUGCACGGUCCCGGGCUGGUGUUCAACUCGAGCGCCAUGAACGCGGAAGCGGUCGUAUUUGGACCGUGUCCAUUGGCCGCCGGUCCGUGCUCGGAUCACGACGUGCUGGAGGGUGUACCGGUUGACUACUGCUCGCACGAUCCAUGCAUGCAGCACGGGACGUGCAUCUCGCGAUCGGAUUCUUACGAGUGUCACUGUACGGCACGGUUCAAGGGCAAGAACUGCGAGAUCGACAUGGGUCCUCCGUGUCAGUCGUACCCGUGCCAGCAUGGCGGUACCUGUAGCGAGGACAGCAAAGGCGAAUAUCGAUGCACAUGCGCUCCGGGCUAUACGGGCGUGGUUUGCGAGACGGAACUGAGCGUCCAUCCGCUGUGUGAGAAGAAUCCGUGCGUGAACAAUGGAACGUGCCGAGUUGCGCCCGGAACCAAUAAUGUCGAGUGUGACUGUCUGAAGGGUUUCAUCGGGAUGCGCUGUGAGAUCAACUGGGACGAUUGUAAAUCGAACGUCUGUCUCAAUGGGGGCCGGUGUAUCGACGGUGUGGAUGCGUUCACCUGUGAUUGCAAAGGGACGGGCUAUGGAGGUACGCUGUGCCAGAACAAUAUCGACGAAUGUCUUACAAACCCUUGCCAGAAUGGUGGGACUUGCUUCGAUACUUAUGGUUCGUUCCUGUGCGAUUGUCCAUCUGGGUUUACCGGGCCCAAGUGUCAGAUGAGUGUGAACGAGUGCAAAUCGCAACCGUGCCAGAAUGGAGGCACGUGUAUAGACACGCGGGAAGGUUUUGAGUGUCGCUGCAUCCCCGGCUACAAUGGAGCACUGUGUGAGCUGGAACCAGGCUGUGGACAGUGUCCACCAGAUUCCGAAUGUGUCGCUGGACGAUGCGUUUGCAAACCGGGUACUACAGGCAUGGUAGGGCUUUGUGUAGAGCAAGUCACUGCCGCCGCCAUCGCUACGAUCGCGACCAACGUCAAUGCCGCCGGCACAAGUGCACAGAAAUCCCAGGCCCUCACUAAUGCAUGCGCUAGCUAUUGCUACAAUGGCGCCAGCUGCGUCCCGGUCGGAACCACCGCCGGCUUCGGUCAAAAUUUAACCUGUAUUUGUGCUAGCGGAUACACAGGAACUCGCUGUGAAUCGCCCAUUGCUCUACCGUACUCCGACGAAUGUAACUGCCUUAACGGUGGAAGCUGUGCACCUAACGGAUCCACCUGCCUUUGUCCACCGGGUUACGAUGGUCCACGCUGCGAACAACCGAUCGGUAAUAACCUGUGCAAUCCAUCGAACUGUGCCGAGCCUUACCGAUGCAUCGGGGGAAAGUGUCAAUGUCCGGAAAAUAUGAACUGCGACAAUCCUUGCGCGUCCUCACCGUGCCUUCACAAUGGAUCCUGCUAUCAGCAGGGUCAAAGCUACGCCUGUAAAUGUACGUCCGGAUUUGAAGGAAAACGUUGCGAGAAUGAUAUCGACGAGUGUAAGAAGGAUGGCAUCUGUGGUAAUGGAAUCUGUCAGAAUACGCCCGGAUCUUUCCGGUGUUUCUGUACACCUGGGUAUACUGGGUUGAACUGUGAUCUGGAUGUGGACGAAUGCUUAAGCCAUCCUUGCAAGAACAAUGCCGAGUGUCAGAAUAAGCAGAACGACUACGAGUGCAUCUGUCCGGCGGGAUAUACGGGCAAGGACUGUAGCGUGGACAUUGACGAGUGUGAAAGUAACCCAUGCUCCAAGGGUUCGAGCUGCGUAGAUCAGGUGGCCAACUUUACGUGCAUGUGUGUUCCGGGCAUGACGGGACGAUUGUGCGAAAUCGAUAUAGACGACUGUGAGAGUCAACCAUGUCAGAACGGAGGACGUUGCAUCGAUCAAUUGGGAGGAUUCCAGUGCGACUGUAAUGCUACCGGAUACUCGGGAAUCUACUGCCAAACGAACAUCAACGAAUGUGAAUCGAACCCUUGUACCAACGGUGCCGAAUGUGUGGACAAGAUCAAUGACUAUCAGUGCAACUGCUUCCCGGGAUACACGGGCAAGAACUGCGAGGAGGACAUUGACGAGUGUGAAAGUGUGCCCUGUCUGUAUGGUGGUACAUGCCUGCAGCGCUCCAACUACACCCUUUACCAGCCGCUACCGAUCGUUGGAGCGAAGGGCUUACCGGUUCACUUUGCUCAACCGUUCUCCUACUCGAUUGCGGCCGGUUACGAGUGUAUCUGUGUGCCCGGUACGAUGGGCACAAACUGUGAAACGAACAUAAAUGAGUGUGAAAGCAAUCCUUGCAAAAAUGGAGGCUGUGUCGAUGGUGUCGGCAACUAUACGUGCGAGUGUGAUCCAGGCUUUGAGGGUUCGCACUGCGAAACGGACAUUGAUGAGUGUCUGAAGUACAGACCUUGCGUACACGGUACAUGUAUGGAUGGGCGUAACAACUACAUCUGUGACUGUGAUGGACUUUGGGGUGGCAAGAACUGUUCGGUACAGUUGACAGGGUGUGUGAAUGAACCGUGCCUGAAUGGAGGUACCUGUGUGCCGUAUCUGGAGAAUGAAACACAGCACAAGUUCAAUUGCUCGUGCCAUCAAGGAUUCCAGGGUAAAACGUGUGACACGGUGACGACAAUGUCACUGGUAGCAAGCAGUCUUCUCGUGGUGAAUACGACUCGUGACGAAGGGUAUGAUAUUCAGUUGCGCUUUAAGACAACCUUACCGAAUGGAAUACUUGCCUUCGGCAAUGGUGCAACUUCGUACAUUCUUGUACUCAACAAUGGCCGGUUGAACUUACACUCUGCCCUGCUUAAUCGUUGGGAUGGAGUGUUUAUUGGAUCGGAGCUGAACAACAGCAAAUGGCAGAAAGUGUUUGUGGCGAUCAACUCCUCCCAUUUGGUCCUAUCGGCAAACGAUGAGCAGACAAUCUAUCCAAUCAACUCAUACGAAGGAACUAACGGAAGCAAUACGUCCUUCCCGAUAACAUACCUCGGUGGUACAAUCCCAUCGUUGGCGCAACCUUACCUAAAACACAUUGCACGUGCCGUUUCGAGUUUCGUAGGCUGUAUGGAGGAUGUCGUAAUUAAUGGCCAAUGGGUACUACCGGGACAGGAGCAAGAAUUCACCAAACUCCACAACAUUGAUACUGGUUGCCCACGAACGCCUCAGUGUGAUCCGAAUCCAUGCCACUCGAACGGUCACUGCACGGAUCUCUGGCAUACGUUCUCAUGCAGCUGUCAAAGACCGCAUCUGGGACACACGUGCAAGUACAACAUCACAGCGGCCACCUUCGGACACGAAAACACUACCAACUCCGCCGUCAAGGUGACGGUAAGCGAUGUGGCCCGCCGUGCAAUCCGUUCCGUGCUGGAUAUAUCCAUGUUUAUCCGUACACGUAAACCCUCUGGCCAGGUGUUUUACCUCGGUUCCGAUCCGGACAACCAAAACGUCAACGCUAAUCAAUCGCCUAGCGAUGAUUCGUACGUGGCUGCCUUCCUGUCCAAAGGAGAACUGCUGGUACGCAUGAUCUUUAACGAUACACCCGAAGGAUAUACGGUCGGUGGCAACAAACUCGACAACGGCUAUCUGCAUCUGAUCGAGGUGAUCCGCAAUUCGACGCUUAUUCAGGUGAAGCUCAACGGAACGGAAUACUUCCGCAAAACGCUCUCCACGUCGGGUCAGCUAAAUGCGCAAGUGCUGUACCUUGGUGGACCUCCUCCAAAUGCUGAUACGAUCAAUAGCUUGUACAAGGACGACUCCGAGAAGCAGUACUUCAAGGGCAUCAUCCAGGAUGUGCAGGUAUCGAAUGGAUCGCACGCAAUGAUCGUUGAGCUGUAUCCGCUCGACAACGAAACGGAAGGAUUGGAGCUACCGGCACCAUUCGGACAGGUUACGAUCGAUCGUAAUUCGGUGCUGGAGGGUAUUGUGUCGGAUGAUCUCUGCCGAAGCCAGCCGUGCUAUCACGAUGCCUACUGCGAAAACACUUGGAACGAUUUCAUAUGUACAUGCCCCCGUGGCUACAAGGGCAAAUACUGCCAGGACAUUCAGUUCUGCGAGUUGCAAAAGUGUCCAAUGAACGCUACCUGUCAGAACCUGGACGCCGGCUACGAGUGUAUCUCCAACAUGACGUUCCACGACGAUAAGGAACCGCUCGUCUUUACGUUCGACGAACCGGACCGGAAGGAUAUCAGCAUGGAUACGAUCGAAAUUUCCUACCGCACCAAGUUCGGUGGGACACUCCUGUACGUGCACGAUGGAGAUAUGUACUUUGAAAUAUCGACCAUCCGCCAGCUCGUAACGAUCUCGUGGCUACUGUCCGGUGAUCUACCCGAAACGCAUCGAUUCGAACGAGAGCUGGCUGGAGACGACGAUAGCUACGAUUGGCACACGCUUCUCGUGAAGGUUAGCCAGGGUGGCAAGUUGGAAGCCGGCUGGAAGGGUUGGGAAACGGCGAUCGAUCCACAGCCGAGUCUGACGGCCGACAUUGAUUACUUCGCGUUCCGACAUUUGUUCUCCGGUCGGCAGCAGAUCUACAUCGGUGGCAUGCCCGAGAUGGCACACAUCGAGAACAAUUCCGUCGUAAGCGGCGGCAUUGACAAGGGUUCGUCCUUUAAGGGAUGUCUCGGGGAGACGCGUGUCGGUGGAUUUUUGUUGCCGUACUUCCCGCACGAGCUCAUCUACCCGGACACGUUCAAUCUGACGCAGGGCCACUUUAAGCUUAACUCGAGCCAACCAGAGCAGGGCUGCAUUCUGUGUUUCCAGCAGUCGUGCAAAAAUGGAGGCAUCUGCAGUAAUCCAUCGGAACAGUACGCGUGUGAGUGUCCGGCUGGGUAUGAGAGUGACGAUUGCUCGCAAAACAUUGACGAGUGUCUGUCGGCGAACUGUUUGAAUGGGGCGACCUGUGUAGAUGGUGUGGCCAGCUUCACCUGCCAGUGUCUGGAGGGUUACGAGGGCCAACUUUGUGAGAUCGAGAUCAACGAGUGUGACUCCAACCCGUGCCACAAUGGUGGUGUGUGUCAGGAUCUAUUGGCUGGGUUCUCCUGCACCUGCACGGAGGAGUAUGCCGGACCGCAGUGCGAUGUGUUCCGGUUGGUUACGUGCGAUAAUAUGCCCUGUCGCAAUGGUUCGCGUUGUGUCGAUGGAUAUAAUAUGACGACCGGAAACAACUUCACCUGCACGUGUAGUGCCGGUUUUGCUGGUCCGCUGUGUGAUAAACCGUUCUGUCAGGAGGUACCGUGCCAGCAUGGCACAUGUGACACAGAAGCUAUGAUUCCGAAGUGUAUCUGCGAUCCCGGGUAUGUUGGCAUGUACUGCGAAACGGAAGUGAAUGAAUGUGAAUCGGCACCCUGUCUGAAUGGUGGUCAGUGCAUCGAUUUUGUCAACGAGUAUCGCUGUAACUGUACCGGCACAGGGUUUGAUGGUAAACACUGCGAACACGAUAUCAACGAAUGUCUACAGGAAAGGAUCAGUUGCGGUGGACGAGGCCACUGUAUCAAUACGGAAGGUUCCUUUAGGUGUCACUGUGAGGAGGGUAUGUGUGGGAAGGAUUGUGCCCAGUCCGAUCCUUGUCAGGUGAAUCCCAACGUUUGUCUCAAUGGAGGCAUCUGCGUGGAGGAUUGUGAUAGAGAGCGAAGGUACUACUGCAAUUGCACCGGUGGCUACACGGGCGUCAACUGUUCUGAACAGGCCGAUAACAGUCUCAAUGAAAUCAGCUAUCUGGACACGGUUUACUACUAUGUUCAUAACUUUGUGGGGAGUGCAACACUGGAAGCGGAAGAAGCGUCCGGUGCAGACAUUGCACUCAUCGUAGUACCGGUGGUGAUCGGCAUCCUGACGAUAGCCGGCGCCCUGAUCGGUACGUUCCUGGUGAUGGCACGCAACAAGCGAGCAACGCGCGGUACCUACAGCCCUAGUGCGCAGGAGUACUGCAACCCAAGACUGGAAAUGGACAACGUGCUUAAACCACCACCAGAGGAGCGGCUGAUAUAGU